CUUUUUGAAGAUAUAAAAACAAAGAUAAGCUAAUUGGAAAUCAUAGUCUCAGUUGCACUCAGCCUGUAUACAUUUGAUAAUCAUGCGAUCCAUAGCAUUUGCCCUACUGAUCUUUGCCGGUAUCCUGGCCUAUGGCAAUGCAGCUCCCCAGGUGAAUUUGGGUUGGCUGCAGGCGGUCCUGGCAGAGGCUGGUCAAAGGAAUACGACGGUUAAGUUUGGAAACAACACGGUGAUCAUUACGGGAGUGUCCAAUGCUGUUGCCAACAGCAACGAGGGAAAUAAUCGCCCAUCUCAACAACAUAACCCAUGGAACAACAAUUGGUAUCCGUACUAUAACAACUAUAACAACGGUUACUAUCGCAUCAUGCCCACCAUCAAUGGUCAAAUUGUCGAGGGUCCACAGUCCAGUGCAGAGGAAUCCCACGAGAUUUCCCAAGAGUUUUCUCAUGAGAUCUCCCAGAGUGACGAGGAAUCUGGCGAAGAUCAAUACCAACAGGAGGAUGAAACUGAAGAGGAUGAAGACGACAACGAAACAGAUCUUUCAGAGGACCAACUUGAUGAUCUAGAAGAGGAUCAGCUCGAUAAAGAGGAAGAGGUGGAAGAUGGUCACCAUGACCAAUCCGAGGAGGCUGGCCAGGAAGACAACGAAAAUGAGGAUGAGCUGAUCGAUCCCGAGGAAGAUGCUAUUGACCAGGCUCUAGAUGACAUCGAAAAAGAGAUAGCCGCUAGGGAAAAUGAAUAGGCAAUUUGCCCUAUU